GCCCCGGCGGGCGCCGGGAGAGCCGGGGCGGGAGGGACCGGGCGUCGGGCGGGCCUUAGGCGGCGGCCGGGCGGGCGGCCUGGGCCAGCCGGUAAUCGCGUCUUUUCCCGGUGUCUCGUCUGCACAGGGAGCAGUAUGUCCGCGGAAGCCCCCGAGACAGCCUCCGCGGAGGAGCAGAAGGAAAUGGAAGAUAAAGUGACUAGUCCAGAGAAAGCUGAAGAAGCAAAACUAAAAGCAAGGUAUCCUCAUCUGGGACAAAAGCCUGGAGGUUCAGAUUUCUUAAGAAAACGAUUGCAGAAAGGGCAAAAAUAUUUUGAUUCUGGGGAUUACAACAUGGCAAAAGCAAAAAUGAAGAACAAGCAACUUCCUGCUGCAGCCCCGGAUAAAACGGAGGUCACUGGCGAUCACAUUCCCACUCCUCAGGACCUUCCUCAACGGAAACCCUCCCUUGUUGCUAGCAAGCUGGCUGGCUGAUUAAAAGAGCUGAACUGCAUGAA